CAACUAACACUUCAUUAUUCCUUUUCUACCAAGAAAUUCUUUGAAUGAUGGGAGCCAAAAUUACAUUGACAGGAACAAAAUCAACAAAAAUCCCAAAACCCCGAUUCAAUGAACCAAAUAAAGAUUGGGGGAAUCAAAACUCUCUCUCAAAAAUGAAAAACCUCCAUUGUCGUGCCACCAUCACAUUCUCUCUCUUCUUCUUCUUCUUCCCUUUUCUCUCUCUAGCCAUUGACACCAUAACACCGACAGAAUCCCUCACCAUCAAUCAAACUCUAGUCUCUAAUGGUAAAGUUUUCGAGUUGGGUUUCUUCAAUACAAGCAAUAAUUUGUAUAUAGGCAUUUGGUACAAGCAAAUUGAGCCAAGGACGAUUGUUUGGGUAGCUAACAGAGACAACCCCAUUACUUCGUCUUCCGGGAAAUUAACAAUCGGCGACGACAGGAACAUAGUAGUUUUAAAUGAAGCCGAAACCGCCGUCUGGUCAUCGAAUCAAUCUGUUCCGGUGGUGAACACAGUGGCGCAGCUUCUGGACAACGGUAAUUUUGUUCUUCGUGGUGAAAACGAUGAUGACCCGGAGAAUUAUAUCUGGCAAAGCUUCGAUAAUCCGACGGAUACUCUGUUACCGGAGAUGAAGCUCGGGUGGAACGCGGAUACCGGAGUAAAUCGAUUUCUACAGUCGUGGAAGACCAACUCCGAUCCGGGUUCCGGUGAUUUUACUUUUAAAAUGGAUACCGAUGGUUUCCCGGAGGUUAUUUUAUCGAAAAAAGGAACGGAAACCUAUCGGAGUGGGCCGUGGAACGGGAGAAGGUUUAGCGGCGUACCAGAGAUGAAAUCGGCGGUUGUAAUCAACUUCAAAUUCGAGUAUAACUCCGAUGAGAUUACUUAUUCGUUUGAAAUGCUGAAUAGUUCUAUAUAUUCUCGAUUGAUCAUGAGCUCCUCGGGUCAACUCCAGCGAUUCACAUGGGUCGAAUCAUCAAAAACAUGGAGUGAAUACUGGUUCGCUCCACGGGAUCAAUGCGAUUAUUAUCAGCAAUGUGGUCCGUUUGGCGUUUGUGAUGCAAAUUCUCCGCAGGUCUGCAAAUGUAUGAAGGGAUUCGAGCCGAAAAACAAACAGGCAUGGGAUUUACGAGAUGGGUCAGACGGGUGUAUUCGGACCUCCGAUUUGGAUUGCGGGUCGGAUGGAUUUCUGCCAUUGAAGAACAUGAAAUUACCAGAGAGUUCAAAAGCCAUUGUUAAUCAAACGAUAAAUUUGAGCGAGUGUCGUGAGAUUUGCAAAAGGAAUUGCAAUUGUACUGCUUAUGCUAAUACGGAUAUCACUGAUGGCGGGUCGGGUUGUGUGAUUUGGGAAUUGAAUCUCGUUGAUAUGAGGCAGUAUGCUGAUUCUGAAGGUAGUGGACAAGAUCUUUACGUUAGAGUUGCAGCUUCUGAUUUGGAUCAAUCACCGACUUCAUCAAGUACUAUUGGAAAUGGCUCCAGCAAUAAUGUGGUCAAAAUUGUCGCCAUUACAUGCAGUAUUUCUGCGGUAUUAAUAAUUUUAUUGAUACUCUUUUACCUAAGGCGAAAAAUGCGACCUUUGAAAAAAUCAAAGACGAUUCGAAAAGGUCCACAUGAAAGAAGUCAAGAUUUUUUGAUGAAUGACGGGAUUAUUGUUCCAAGUAGAAAAGAUUAUUCUGGUGAAACUACAAAUGAAGACCUCGAAUUACCAUUAUUUGAUUUUACAACUUUGGUUGUUGCUACAAACAACUUCUCUAACGCAAAUAAACUCGGCCAAGGUGGAUUCGGAUGCGUUUAUAAGGGUGUUUUAACGGAAGGUGAAGUUGUAGCUGUAAAAAGGCUCUCAAGAACAUCGGGUCAAGGGAUCGAAGAACUUAAAAACGAGGUUCGAUUAAUUGCAAAGCUUCAACAUAGAAACCUCGUACGAUUACUAGGUUGUUGCAUUGAGGUCGAAGAGAAAUUGUUGAUUUACGAGUACAUGGAAAACAAAAGUCUCAAUACGUUUCUUUUUAAUAUAGAGAAAAGCGCACAACUUAAUUGGCAAAUGCGAUUCAAUAUUGUAUGUGGGAUUGCUCGUGGGCUCCUUUAUCUUCAUCAAGAUUCAAGAUUUAGGAUCAUUCAUCGGGAUCUUAAAGCGAGUAAUAUUUUAUUAGAUAAAGAAAUGAACCCAAAAAUAUCGGAUUUUGGUAUGGCGCGUAUUUUUGGGAGUGAUCAAACAGAAGCGGAAACAAAGAAAGUGGUUGGGACACAUGGUUACAUGGCGCCUGAAUAUGCAAUGGAUGGACUUUUCUCGAUAAAAUCAGAUGUUUUUAGUUUUGGGGUUUUGGUGUUAGAGAUCGUGAGCGGUCAAAAGAAUCGAGGAUUUUACUAUGCAAGUAACCAACUUAACCUUCUUGGACAUACAUGGAAGCUAUGGAAAGAAGGAAAGGCUUUAGAACUACUUGAUGAAUCCAUAGGUGCUGAAUUUUCGAAUGAUGAAGUAUUGAGAUGCAUACAAAUUGGAUUAUUAUGUGUUCAAGAACAAGCAGAAGAUAGACCUACUAUGUCAAAAGUAAUGUUAAUGUUGAGUAGUGACACUAUACAAUUGCCUCAACCAAAAUACCCGGGAUUCAGUCUUGGAAAAAGACAUUUUGAAAUAGAAUCCUCGAGUAAACAAGACGAAUCAAUGUCAAUAAACGAAGUCACUGUCACUAUACUAGAUGGUAGGUAGCCAAAACUAGGUUAACCAUCAAUGUACAUUGUGUUUUCCCGUUUUUUUUUUUUUUUUUUUUUAAUUAUUAUUUUUCCAUUAUUCUUUUUUAAUAGAAAAAGGAGACUUUGUGUUAAUUUUUUACACAAGCAAUGAGUGUUUAUAGAUGAUUUUGUCAA